GUUUUAACCGUAAAUUUUGUAUGAAGAGAAUCAGAAGGGUUUCUAGUCUUCUCCUAUCUUCAUCUUGCUAGGGUUUGCAGAGUUGCCAUUUCAGGUAUUUCUUCGAGCUCACCAACUGUCAGGGAUGGAAGCACCUAUAAUUCACGUAUUUCUGCAAUUAUCUAUAUUCGAAUGCGUCCUACGAUUCAAGACAUAAAGUUCUCCUAUUUGAUUAUAUCCCAAAGGUCAUGGACGGUGUUGGUAUCUUGUUCCUUCCAUGGAUUACUUGCUCUGUCUCAAACCCUAAUUGUGCUUCAUCCUCUUAGAUUCCUCGACUACUUUGUUCCUCUCUAUAACUACUGGUUAUAAAUGGACGGGAAUCGAAAUGGGUUUGGUAUUUUGCAUGAAGCUGGUGUUGAUGUUGGACCUCAGAUGUCCAAUAACUUGGACUUGAAUGUGGAGCAGAACUGUUGUAGUCCAAUCAUUGCUCAUGCUAUUGACAAUCAAUCUUGUCCUCCAUCAAAAAGUGUACACAGCACAAAUACUGUUUUGGGAAUUGGUGCAGAAUUCGAGUCUGAUGAUCAUGCAUACCGAUUCUAUAAUAAGUAUGCCACUUUGGUGGGUUUCAAUGUUAGAAAAGAUUGGAUAAAUAGGAGUAAGGUGCAUGGUCAGGUGGUGUCUAGGAAGUUUACCUGCUCCAAAGAAGGGUACCGCAGGAAAGACAAAAGAGAUGUCAAUGUAAAGAAGCAUAGGAAGGAAACGAGAACUGGCUGCUUGGCGCAUAUGAUCGUCACUCGGCAGCCAAAUGGAAAAUACCAGGUCACCCAUUUUGAAGCAGAACAUAAUCAUGACAAUGUAAACCCUAACAAUGCUAACGUGGUAAACUUGCUAAAUGAAUUUAGUGUUGCUCGAGCUGGGGAAGCUGAAUCAAACAAUAGUUUGGGACCAAAAUCAGAGUCAGCAUUAGAUAUGUUGAAUAAAAAAAUAACUGCACACGAAUCUCUUGAUAUACUUUCAAUGAAUUAUGACAGCUAUCUUCAUUGUGCAAGGGAAAGAGAUAUGAGGGAAGGAGAAGCAGGGCGUUUGCUUUGUUACUUCCAAAGGCAGCACUUCGAAAAUCCAGCCUUUUUUUAUGCCAUACAGCUUGAUGUUGAUGACAAGGUUAGCAAUAUUUUUUGGUCUGACGACAGCAUGGUCGUGGAUUUUGAUCACUUUGGAGAUGUCAUUUGUUUGGAUACAAUUUGCAGAACGAAUGAAGAUCUUCGGCCACUUGUACAGUUUUUAGGUGUUAACCAUCACAGACAAGUUUUAAUAUUUGCUGCUGCUUUUUUGUAUGAUGGUUCCAUUGAAUCAUUUACUUGGUUAUUUCGAACUUUCAUUAAUGCUAUGUCCGGGAAAAAGCCAAAGGCCAUUCUCACAGAACAAGAAGCUGUAAUCAUUGAAGCAGUCAAUACAGUUUUACCUGACACAAAUCAUUGUACAUGUGUAUGGCAGUUGUAUGAGAACACUUUGAAACACCUCAGUCAUGUUGUAAAGGAUGCAGAAUCUCUUGCAAAUGAUCUGCGGAGCACUAUUUAUGACCCCAAGGAUGAGGAAGAAUUUACUCAUUCUUGGGAAACUGUGCUAGAGAAGUAUAAUCUGCAGCAAAAUGAAUGGCUGAGAUGGAUGUAUAGAGAAAGAGAGAAAUGGGCUGUUGUCUUUGGUCGGAAUACAUUUUUUGUAGACAUCAAAGGCUUUCAUUUAGCUGAGAUUUUGUCUCAUAAGUUUAGAAGUUAUCUAAAUCCUGAAACUGAUGUCGUUCAAUUUUUUAAGCAUUUUGAAAGGGUAGUAGGUGAACAGCGUUAUAAAGAAAUAGAAGCUAGUGAUGAAAUGAGCAGGUGUUUGCCAAGACUAAUGGGUAAUGUGGUUCUGUUGAAGCAUGCAAGUAAUAUUUAUACACCAAGAGCAUUUGAAGUAUUUCAGCGAGCAUAUGAGAAGUCUUUGAAUGUUAUUGUUAAUCAACACAGUAGAAAUGGAUCAUUGUUUCAGUACAAAGCAAAUACAUUUGGGCAUAACAGACAAUACACUGUCACCUUCAAUUCCUCUGAUGGCACAGUUGUCUGCAGUUGUAUGAAGUUUGACCGUGUUGGAUUUCUGUGUGAUCAUGCGCUUAAAGUUCUUGAUCAAAGAAACAUAAAAGUAGUUCCACCUCAGUACAUCUUGGAGAGAUGGACUGAAGAUGCGAGGAUGGGAAAUCUUAGAGAGAUUAGGCAAUGUAAAAUGCAAGAUAAUCCUAAAAGGGUUGUUGCUAGCUGUUACAAAGACUUGUGCCACAAAUUGCUCAAGUUGUCAACAAGAGCGUCUGAAUCCGAGGAGGCCUAUCAAUUUGCUAUGAGGCAACUUGAUGAAGUGAUGGUAGGAGUGGAGAAAAUCUUGACACCGGAAGCUGAAGGUGAAGUUGUCACCUCACGUAAUACUGAUGCAGAUGCUUCAGAAAGCGAGCCUGCAAAGAUCUUUCCGAAUGAGCAUGUAAUUGAGGAUCAGGAUGAAAUUAACAGCGCAAAUGGUGGAAAAGACAGGAGAGCCACGUCAGACAGGGGGCACUUAACAACCAUGACAUGUAAUGGAGCUGAUUCUGACAGGGUUUUGAAUGUAGAAGAAUCACCGCAAAGUACUGUUGUCUGUAUUUCGAGCCCCCCCUCUACAUAUGUUUCAUCUCAGCCUGCAGCACCGAAUCCGAUUGUGCAGGGUUUGUACAGUUUUGAAGCCAAUCAAGUGGUUAACUGCAUGUAUGAGCAGCCUAAUCUUAUGGUGGACAGUCAAUCUAAUUCUGGCAUGAUGCAACCGCAAAACAUCUUUUCUAACCCACAGGAUUCUCCUGGUCAAUCUCAACUAUUGCAGGAGCCUAUAAUCCAGAGCACUUACCUUGAGUCCAUGCCAAUCAAUAAUCAGAUGCGGCAGGGAAUGGAUCUUGACAUCCAAAAUCCUCAUUCGUCGUCGUUCUUGCUGUAUGACCAUAGAUACAGAAGUUCCGAGUCUGCAUGAAGUACAACGGAAUAAAAUGGUUAAAUCAUUUUCUUCUAAACUCUUCUGAUUGUAUCAGUAUGUUUUGCUGUACAGUGCGGAUUGAUGUAGUCAUUAGCAUUGAAACAGAAUCAUCCUUCCCUCUUUGUAAGUAACCAAACAUUCAUCAUACAAUAUCAUGUAGCUCAUAUGAACAUUACAUAAUCGAAUGCGAUGGCUACACAAAUUUUUUGAAUGAAA